CAUCCAGAGUUAAGGGAAGGCCAGUGAGAGAACACUACAAUGGCGACAGAUGCUGUGGUUUCCUUUGCGAUUGAAAGGAUCGGUGACAUGCUCAUUCAAGAAGCAAUUUUCUUGAAGGGGGUACGGGGGAAAGUCGAGAGGCUGAAUAAAGAUCUAGGGGCCAUGAAAUGCUUCUUGGAAGAAGCGGAGAAGAAGCAAGAAGAAGAUGUAAGAGUGCGCAACUGGGUUUCUGAAAUCCGUGAAGCGGUUUAUGAUGUUGAGGACAUCAUAGACAUGUUCAUCCUGAAUGCAGAGUCCCUGCGAACAGUCUACUUUCUCAAGCGUGUCUUCAAGAAGUUGAUAAACCGCCAUAAGGUUGGCAAGAAAAUUGAAGCCAUCCAACUCAACCUCCAAGACAUCUCAAAUAGGCGGGAGGCUCUCGGAAUAAAAAACAUUGGAGAAGGAACAAGCGGUUCGGGUCAAAAGUUGCAGGAUCUAAGACGCUCCUCUCCUCGUGCAGAAGAACGUGUCAUCGUGGGCCUUACACAGGAGGCAGAUAAGCUAGUAAAGCAGCUCACAGUAGGAGACCAAAGGCGCCGCGUGAUUUCUUUGGUAGGAAUGGGCGGCAUAGGCAAAACCACCCUUGCCAAGAAGGUCUAUAAUCAUGAAAAAAUUGAGGAACACUUUCCAGAUUGUCGUGCCUGGAUUUAUGUAUCCCAAGAUUGUAGACCCAGAGAGGUUUAUAUGCAAAUUAUUAACCAGGUUUCUGCACCAACUAAAGUGCAAGCAGAAAUGAUAGAGAAGUAUGGAGAGAACGAGUUGGGGGAUUUCCUUCAUGAUUAUUUGAAGGAGAAAAGAUAUUUGAUAGCUCUGGAUGAUGUAUGGAGCUGUGCCGAUUGGGAUUUUAUUGCCAAAGUGAGCAGCAACGAUCCUGAUUGCCUUGGAAAUGUUUUUCCCGAUGGGAGCAACGGCAGCAGAUUACUUCUUACAACUCGAUAUAAGGAUGUUGCUUUGCAUGCAGAUGCUCGAACUAUUCCCCAUGAAAUGAGGCUUCUUUCGAAGCAACAGAGCUGGGACUUGUUUUGUCGGAAGGCGUUCCUUGAUGCUGAUAGAGGGAGCUAUCCUCCAGAUUUGAAGGAACUUGGGGAAGAGAUGGUGGACAAAUGUAAUGGCUUGCCAUUGGCCAUCGUUGUAUUGGGGGGUUUGCUGUCAAGAAAUAUGUCACAUACAGAAUGGAAGCAGGUGCACGGUAACAUUAGUGCACACCUUGAUAAAGAAGGCCAAAUGGGAGUAAUGACAAUGCUAAACCUGAGCUACAUCGACUUGCCCCAUUACUUGAAACCGUGCUUUCUUCAUUUAAGUCUCUUCCCAGAAGAUUAUGUGAUCUCCUCAAGAAAACUGCUCCUUUUAUGGACUGCUGAGGGUUUUGUGCCAGAACAAGAUGACCGAAGAGUUUACUUGAAUGAGUUAAUCAAUAGAAACUUGAUUCAAGUAGUGAGAAUGAGUGUUAAUGCAAGGGUAAUGGAAUGUCGGGUUCAUGAUCUUGUACGAGAGUUGGCCAUUGAAAAGGCAAAAGAGCAAAACUUCAUUGGAACUAAUAUCGCAGAUCCUCUAUCCCCUCCACCAGUUUAUCUCUCUUUUCACCUAAAUCCCGUCGACGAAGUAUUUAUUCUGACUUUGAGAGGCAACCUGAGGAGUUUGCGGACUUUGGAGAUAAACAAUCUUAGACAAGUGCCAAAUGUGAUACAGAAGAUUAAAAGCAUGAGAUAUCUUUACAUGGAGGGGCAACAGGAAGAUGUUCCACUGCAAAUUGAUACAUUACAAAAUCUUCAAAUUCUAUCAGGCAUAACCUUCAACCAAUGGAUCAAGAACGAUUCAAGCAACUUAACUUGUCUUGAGAAAUUGAAAUUAGAAGGAAGGUGUGAGGUAGAAGGGGCUGUGUUUUCAAACUCCAUUGCCAAGCUACCUAGUCUUAAAUCCUUGUACCUUAAGGCAUCAGUUGAGUCCACCAUUCCACCUCUUGCCAUAAACUCUUUCCUCAAUCUCUCUAAGUUGGACAUAAAGGGACAUAUGCAAAAAUUGCCUGAAACCGUUGAAUUCUCACCAAAUCUUACACAAUUGACAUUGGAAGCAUCUAGGCUAGGUUGUGAUCCUAUGUCUGUUUUGGAGAAGCUGCCAAAAUUGUUGACUCUCAGAUUAAGGGCUAAGUCAUAUCUUGGAAAGGAAAUGAAUGUAUCUGCAAAUGGGUUUCCUCAACUCAAAGUACUUCAACUUUCAGAGUUACAAGGAUUGACCAAGUUGAAUAUAGGGCAAGGCGCAAUGCCAUGGCUUAUGCAAUUACACAUUCAUAAACGAGUGAAUAUCGUAGGAUUUAAUGGGCUUCUAAAUCUAGUGGAGCUAAACAUUAUGGAUGAAAUGGCUUUUGAAGUGAAAUUGUUUUUCUCGGAACACAGAUUUCGUCAUUGGCAUAGAACAAGGACCUUUAUAGAUGGUGAACAUGGAUUUUUCCGUGAAAAAGGUGAAACAGCAGAGCGCUCCAGGCAAGCAGUUGAAGAAUUAGCCUCCAUUCUCAGACAUCGAAGAAAAACUCGUGGCCAAAAUCACAUAUAAUUUGAGCAUGCCAAACAUGUUCGAUAACCUGAAGAUGAUGCUGCAGCAGAUUUGCCAGGGGCUUCUACCUCAUGCUUGAUUCCAUGAUGGAAUGAUUGAAAGGAAACAUAAGGCCAUGCUAUUAAAAUCUCAUGUAUUAUAGUUGGCAAUGUCUACUUUCAGUGAUGGUCAUACUAAGGUUGAACAUAUUUAUAUUGUAUCUAAACUAAAACCAAUGUGCUUGUAAGUUUGUUGAAUCAAAUUAUUAGAUGUUUGUUUGUACAAUUAUAUGUAUAUUAAGUGACAAUUAGGAUGAUGUAUUUGAAGGCUUUGCUUGGCAUGCAAAA